AUGUUACACUCUGUGGAUUUUAAAGUGGACCGAACAAAUGCAGAACGGUACAAAAUCAAAUGUACCAAUACCGAGUGUUUGUUCAAGCUCACUGCUUCAUACAGGUUGAGAAGUGAUUCAUGGGUGAUAGGCAAAAUUUCCCAACCUCACACUUGCAUCAACUCUUCUCGCUCGCAAGAUCAUCGUAAGUUAAGUUACGAUCUGAUAUGUCAAGAAAUCUUGCCUCUCAUCAACAAUGAUCCAUCGUUGAAGGUGAGAACAAUAAUUUCUCACAUCACUAAAGUAUACAACUAUACGCCCUCGUACAGGAAAGCAUGGUUAGCAAAAACCAAGGCGAUUGAACAAGUAUAUGGUAAUUGGGAGGAAUCAUACAAAGAGUUACCCCGCUACUUAAAUGCACUCUGCACUUAUGCUCCUGGUACUAUUUAUGAGAUGGAAACAUUGCCCGCGUAUGUCCCAAAUGGUACUCUUGUCAGCGGAAAUGGAAUAUUUCGUCGUCUAUUCUGGGCCUUCCAACCUUGCAUCAGAGGGUUUUCAUUCUGCAAACCUAUUAUUCAAAUAGAUGGAACGUGGUUGUACGGAAAAUACAAAGGCACCCUACUGAUGGCAGUCGCACAAGACGGAAACAGCAACGUCUUCCCAAUUGCAUUCGCUCUAGUCGAGGGAGAGACCGGUGGAGUGCAUAACCUGGCUAAUGGUUGGCAUGACCCCCCUUCUACGCAUGUCUUCUGCAUUAGACAUAUUGUACAAAAUUUCACGCGAGAAAUUAAAGACAGGUCCCUUCGAAAAUUGGUUAUGAACGCAGGGUAUGCAUUAACUCAACCAUCUUUCAAACAUUAUCAUAGAGAGAUCAGACUGUCAAAUCCAGAUGCAGGUACUUGGAUUGAUAAUAUUCCAGUGGAGAAGUGGACAAGGUCAUACGACAAUGGACAUCGAUGGGGACACAUGACAACAAAUCUUGUUGAAUUAAUGAACGGUGUCUUCAAAGGCAUACGACACCUCCCUGUAACCGCUUUGGUAAAAUCAACAUAUUUUAGGAUGGCUUCAUUGUUUGCACAAAGGGGUGAAAGGUGGGACGCUGUGUUACGAGCUGGACAAUUUUGGAGUGAAUGUUGCACAAGAUUUAUCAAGGCAGAAGGUGCGAAGGCCAACACACAUACGGUUACAAGGUUUGACCGACAUAACCAUAAUUUCAUGGUCAGAGAGACAAUCGACCACGUCGAAGGGCUACCAAGACAAGAGUAUAGGGUUCUACUAGAAGAACGUUGGUGCGAUUGCGGCAAGUUUCAGGAAUUUCGUAUGCCUUGCUCCCAUGUCAUUGAAGCAUGUGCCUAUUCUCACUUAGAUGCAUUAGCACUCCUGUCUCCCAUUUACAAGUCUGAGACCUUGCUCCACGUAUACAACAAUGGCUUUGCAGUGGUAGCAAAAGAGGAUUAUUGGCCUGCGUACGAGGGGGAAAUUGUUUGGCACAACGACCAAAUGCGGAGAAAUAAAAAGGGUCGUCCCAAAAGCAAGCGUAUCACGACUGAAAUGGACGAGCUCGAUAAGCUAGAAAGAAAGUGUGGUUUAUGUCGCCAAGUCGGACACAAUAAAAAAAAUUGUCGUAAUCGUGCAAGUGGUUCUUAG